GCCGGGACGGCGUCGAGGCGCGCGCGACGUCAGCGGCCCGGGGACGCCGGGCCGGGGGAGCGCGGAGGCGGGGGCGCCGGGGGAACAAAGCUUUGUUUACAUGGGGCUUAAAGGGGCCGCGCUGCUCGGGCGGGCGCGGGCCGGGGGUCGGCGCGCAGAGGGACGGGCCGAGCUGUGGCGCCGCCUCUCCCGGCGGGGAGCCCUCCCGCGCCGCGGGGGCCGCGUCCUCCAGAGAACCAGCUCCGGGUUCCUGUUGCCGUCCUGCUCUGCGGCGAUGGCCCGCGCAGAGAGAGGGGUAGCACACGCAGCCUCCCGAGGGGGCUCAGAUGCUGGGGUGGGGGCGGUGGGGUGGGGUCCCUGUCCCUGCCGCUGCCACGGAGCGCCGCUCUCCGGCUUCCACGGCUGACCCGGCGCCUCGGGUGGGGGCGAGUGGCCCUUCACACUGGGGGUGCAGUGGACUGGCACUGGGCGAUCGUGGCCGCCGCUGCCGACCUCCUUUCUAGUGCGUCUUCCUGGUUGGUCAAGAAAAUCAAUCAACCAGGCGCCCUGGGCUCUGCGUCCUCCACAGCCUCCCAGCUGGCUCUGCGGCUCUCAGCAAGCUGCCAGCAGAUGAGCCCUGUGACUUCCUGAUGCUCCCAAAGCCUGGAAAAAAGAAAUGGCGCCGGUUCGGGGCCGUGCUGUACGCGGAGUCGGGCUGCGCCUUGGCCCGCCUGGAGCUCCAGGAGGGCCCAGAGAAGACACGUCGGGGAGAUGCUGGCCGGAGGGUCAUCCGCCUCAGUGACUGCCUGCGGGUGGCCGAGGCCGGCUCCGAGGCCAGCAGCCCCCGGGACACCAGCGCCUUCCUCCUGGAGACCAAGGAGCGCCUGUACCUCCUGGCAGCCCCCACGGCAGAGCGCAGUGACUGGCUGCAGGCCAUCUGUCUGCUGGCUUUCCCCAGGAAGGAGCUGCAGGUGCCCGAGGGGAAGAGUGGCCAGCCCCACAUGGAGAUCAACGAGCUGUACAGCCGGGCCACAGUGGUCCCUUGCAAGGAGUUUGCAGUGACCAUGAGACCCACAGAAGCCAGCGAGAGGUGCCGGCUCCGGGGCUCCUAUAUCCUGCGAGCCGGGGAGAACGCCCUGGAGCUGUGGGGCGGCUCGGAGCCCGGCACACCGCUGUUCCACUGGCCCUACAGGUUUCUGCGACGGUUCGGGCGGGACAAGGUGACCUUUUCCUUCGAGGCAGGCCGGCGCUGCUUGUCCGGAGAGGGCAGCUUUGAGUUCGAAACGCGGCAGGGCAACGAGAUCUUCUCGGCCCUGGAGGAGGCCAUCAGCGCCCAGAAGAACGCGGGCCCCGCGCCGGCCGCCGCGCGCCCCGAGAGCCCCUACGCACAGCCGCUCGACUCGCUGCCGUCGCCGCCGCCCGCCGCGCCCCUGCCCGCGCCUCGCACGCGGGCCCCCGAGGGGGACUACGCCGUGCCCUUCGACGCCGUGGCCCGCCGCCGGGGGCACAGCCUGGCGCGCCCCUUGCCCCCGCCCGACCCGCUGUACGACAGCAUCGAGGAGCAGCCGCCCGCGGGGCCCGACCCCAUCUACGACGAGCCCGAGGGUGUGGCCGCCCUGACCCUGUACGACAGCCCGCAGGGGCCGGGGGCCGAGGCGUGGGGGCGGCGGGAGCGCCCUGCCUCGGGCUGGCCGCCGGCCGCCGAGUAUGACAACGUGGUUCUCAGGAAAGGCCCCAAGUGACCCGCGCGGCCGGCGCUCGCUCCCCUCCCCUCCCUUGCUGUCCGCCUGGCCGCGGCUGGGUCGGCGGGGUUGCCCCUCCCAGAGCCUGCGGGGUGAGUCACCACCCCGGGGCAGGAAGGGUGCCCUGGAGGCACCCACCCACCCACGCACCCUCCUCCUCUUCUACUUCCUUCUCUGGGGCGCGGUCCGCAAGGCGCUGGGGGGCAGAGGGCAAAUCUGUGGCUCCUGCCUGCUGAUGUCCACCCCCACGCAGACACAGGCCUGGCUCUGGGCGGACCCCUGCCCCACCCCCCUGGAGAGUGGCCGCAGCUAUCGGGCAGGUGUCCGAUUUCUCUGUAGCAUUAAAGUUCCCCAAGUAUUUUUGUUUGGAUGAAUGCUAGGGGGUGUGGGGGAGGGGAGGGAGGGGACUGGGCCAGCCAGAAGCCAACCGGGAGCGCUGGGACUGCAGGUCCCGGGUGUCUGUGCCCACGGAAGUGAGAGUGCACUGGGAAAGUGGUUGAUUGGUUGGUUGGUUUUUUUAAUGUACUGAAUUAAUUAAUUUGAAAGAGAGAGAGAGCUUCCAUCUGCUGGCUAACUCCUCAGAUGCCCACAACAGCCAGAGCUGGGCCAGACUGAAACCAGGAGCCGGGAACUCUAUCCGGGUCUCCCUGGUAGGUGGGCAGGGGUCCCAGGUACCGUCUUCCGCUGCUUUCCCAGGAGCAUUAGCAGGAAGCUGGAUUAGAAGCAGAGCAGCCGGGACUGGCAUCAGCACUCAGAUAGGGGAUGCGGCAGUCACAAAUGAGGGGUUAACCUGCUGCACCCCUUUGCUGCUGCUGUGAGAAUGGUGGUUUGGGGGGGGUGCUGGGGAGCACAAGAGCUCAGCAUCACGGCAGGAGAGCUGGUUUGCAUGACAAAGCCACUCUCUCAGUGACAGGUUCAUCCAUUCAUCCGCCUAGGGGGACAGAGCCCUCCUGACUCAAAUUCAAGGUGCACAGGGCAUAGCAGGUACAGCGGCUGCUUCAUCCCAUGUGGGCGCCAGCUGCUCCACUUCCCAUCCCCCUCUCUGCUAAUAGUGGGGGAGACCUGGAAGCGGCUCCUGGCUCCUGGCUUUGGCCUGUCCCAGCCUUGGCCGUUGCAGCCAUUUGGGGAGUGAACCAGUGUAUGGAAGACCUCUCUCUCUCUCUCUCUCUCACUCUGCCUUUCAAAUACAUAAACAAACAGGGGCAGGUGUUUGGCCUUGCAGCUAGGAUGUCUGCAUCCCAUACUGGAGGCCUUGAGUUCGAGUCCUUACUCUGUUCCCCAUCCCAGCUUCCUGCUCAUGUGCACCUGGAGAGUGGCAGGCGAUGGUUCAAGUCCUUGGGUACCUGCCACCUAUAUGGGAGACCUGGGUUGAGUUCUCAGUGGGGGGAGGUUCAAUCCAACCAAGCCCUGGCUGUUGUGAGUCUUUGUACCUAUCAUAUGGUUUUAAAGAUGCAUUGAUUUCUUAGAUAGGCACAGACACAGAGUUACAGACACAGAGAGGGAGAGAGGUCUUCCAUCCACUGUUUCACUCCCCAGAUGGCUGCAACAGUCAGUGCUGGGCCAAUCCAAAACCAGGAGCCAGGAGCUCCUUCUGGGUCUCCUGGUGGGUGCAGGGGCCCAAGCACUUGGGCCAUCUUCCACUGCUCUCCCAGGUGCAUUAGCAGAGAGCUGGAUCAGAAGUAGAGCAGCUGGAACUCAAACCUUAAGUGUCCAUAUGGGAUGCCAGUGCCACAGGUGGAGGCAGGGCCUGGUAUGCCCACAGUCCCGCCACCCCCCUCUUUUUUUAAGAAGGAGAAAGAAGAUCUGGCCUUUGGAAGAGAUAAGUCUUUGUUGGGGGACCAAGACAGGCUUCGUAUCAAAGGUGGCAUUUAAGGUGCAUCUGUAAGGGGUAUGAAGAGAGUAAGGGGAGGCAUGUGUCCAGGACGGGUCUGUGCUCAGAGAUGAGGAACAGGCGACAAUCUAGAUUUCCCCUCACUUAACAGGGAGGCAGCAGGUGAUAGAUAGCACAGGUGCCUGAAUUCCUGCCAUUGGUGUGGGAGCCCUUGAUCGGGUUCCUGGCGGGUCGCUGUAGGCAUCUGGGGAGUAGACCACUGAAUGAGCGCACUCUCUCUCUCUCUCUCUCUCUCUCUCUCUGUCUCUGUGUCUCAAAAACAGGCAUUAUAGAGACAGCUCUGCAGAUGGUGGGGUCCCCAGAGAUUUGCUGGAUAAGCUCAGGUUCCGAGAAGAUAAACUUCAUUUCUGAUAUGUUGAGGUUAAGAAGGUGGUGAUAACUAAAAGAGAAUUGAAAUCCAUGAGUAGUUUUUUUAUAGUGCACAUUUUCCACAUGUAAAAACUAAUUUUUUUGCAUCCAAAUAAACUCAUCCCUUUAGUUCCA